AUGGGAUGGUUGUGUGCGUCCAUCGCUGUGAUCAACAAACUGGAUGUCGGUCUCGACCAGAAGCUGUCGAUGCCUUCGGACUCAUAUCUGAUCCCGUAUUUCGACGCUCAGAUGAAUAGCCUGCGAGUGGGAGCGCCCGUGUAUUUCGUGGUGAGCGGUAAAUACGAUUACGCGCACAAACAGGACCUGAUAUGGGGCGGCGCCGGCUCUUCGCCGACAUCCCUGUCCUAUAUCUUAAUGGAUGCCUCAAAGCAUUCAAACGAGACAUACAUUUCGAGUACUGUUCCCAACAGUUGGGUCGACGACUACAUGGAUUGGGCCAAUAGUGGCGACUGUUGUCGACUCCAUAACCACAAUGAGUCCGACUUUUGCGGAUCCACUGAUGAUAGAGACGGCUGUGAAAAAUGUGAUAUCGUUUUCGCUGACCGUCUGGUCAUCAAAGAGAACAAGUUUAACGGCCCGUAUCUCAAGUAUUUCUUGGCCGACAUUCCCAACGCCAAGUGUCCCAAAGGUGGUGGACCCGCUUAUGGGCCGUAUGUUCACUUGGAUUAUAGUCACAACACCACACGUCCUGUUAAGGCUUCUUCAUUCAACGCAUACCAUACAGUGUCCAAGAAUUCACACGAUUUCAUAUCGUGUAUUAAAAACGCCAGAAUAUUAGCCCAAACUUUGACACAAGCCAUCAAUGCUCUCAAUACAGCCGAUGACCCGUAUGUUGAGGUCUAUCCCUAUAGUGUUUUCUAUGUAUUCUAUGAGCAAUACUUAACAACUUGGAGGGACACUGUCUUUAAUCUGGUCAUCGCUAUCGCCGCCAUAUUUGUGGUCACUUUUAUAUUCUUAGGCUUUGAUUUAAUGUCAUCACUCAUUAUUGUCGUUACAAUUGUGGCCAUAGUUAUAGACUUAAUGGGAGUCAUGUUUUGGUGGAAUAUAUCAUUGAAUGCCAUAUCACUUGUUAAUCUCGUUAUGUCUGUGGGCAUUUCAGUGGAGUUUUGUUCGCAUAUAACGCGUGGAUAUGCUAUGAGUUUGAGGACCACUCGUGUGGAGAGAGCGGAGGAAUCGUUGGCCAGAAUCGGGUCAUCAGUUCUGUCGGGCAUAACAUUUACCAAAUUCUGGGGGAUUGUAGUCCUGGGGUUCGCGUCGUCCAACAUAUUCAAGAUAUUCUACUUUCGUAUGUAUUUAGGGAUUGUAGUGAUCGGCGCCGCACACGGACUCAUACUUUUACCCGUUGUGCUCAGUCUUAUUGGUAGUAAUCUCAGGUAUCGGACGGCCAGGGAUUAAGUACUUUAAUUAUUGUAGGAAAUUAAUUGUUUUAAAUGUUUUAUAUAUAAAAUUAAGUUUAAAACUUUCUGUAAA